AUGUCUAACCAAGACUACUACAACAACGCUCCCCAGGAGUACCGCGAUACUCGCUACACCGGGCCCGACAGCUACAGCGGCGGCGACGACUUCAGCUCCGCCGCCCACCACGCCUCCGAGCACCACUCCUCCGAGGACCGUAGCUUCUUCGACAAUGCCCUGGGCUUCCUGCAGGAGCGCAAGGGCCAGUUCUCGCAGCCCGACAAUGUGCAGGUCGACGAGAGCCACGCUUUGAACGCCCACCAGGCGCUGUAUGGUGGGGGUGGUGAGGGGCAGACGCACGACUCGGGCUCCGUGGGCGCGGGCGCAGCAGUCGAGGCGCUGAAGAUGUUCACGUCGGGCGGGAGCAGUGAUGGGGGCUUUGAUAAGAACAAGCUUAUUGGGCUUGCUAUGGCUCAGGCUGGAAAGCUGUGGGAUGAGAAGCAGGGUAGCGGUGCUAACAUGUCGGGCGACAAGCAAUCCGCUAUCAACAAUGCUGCUGAGACCGCGCUGAAGAUGUACCUGAAGGGUGGCGGUGGCGUAAGUGGAACCGGUGGUCCUUCUGACCUGCUGAGCCUGGCGAGCAAGUUCUUUUAA